AUGUCUAAACCUGCAAAAUUCAUCUCAGAAGGAGGAUCAUCAACUAGACCACCUCUUUUUGAAGGAAAUGACUACUACUACUGGAAAGACAAGAUGGAAUUGUUUCUUAGGUCACAAGAUAUCAACAUGUGGGCUGUAGUAGAAGUUGGAGACUAUGCUCCACUGGUCAAAGAUUCAUUCACACCAAAACCACAGCUUGAGUGGACAACUCAAGAAUCUGACAGGGUACUACUAAACACUAAAGCUCAAUUAUUUAUUAAAAGUGCUUUGUGCAGGGAAGAAUAUGACAAGAUCAUGGAAUGCAAGACGGCCAAAGAAAUGUGGACCACUCUUCAAACACACCAUGAAGGAACCAGCCACAUAAAAGAAACAAGGAUUGACAUAGGAGUACGAAAGUUUGAACUGUUUGAAAUGAAUAACAGUGAAACUAUAGAUCAAAUGUAUGGACGGUUUACAGUCAUCAUAAAUGAGCUAAAUUCUCUUGGUAAAAAAUAUACCACACAUGAGAGAAUAAGAAAGCUACUAAGAUGUCUACCAGAAGAAUGGAGACACAUAGUAACUGCAAUAACUGUAGCAAAAGAUCUCAAAACAAUGGAUCUGGAAGAUUUCAUUGGAUCUUUAAAAGCUCAUGUAGAAAUACUUCAAGAGAAGAAACCAGCAAAGAACAAAACGAUUGCUCUAGAAUCACAAGUAGAAGAAAACUUAAAAAGGGAAAUAACAUGUGAUGAAGAGAAUCCUCUUCAACAAGAUGAUGAAGAAGAAAUGGCUUUUCUCUCAAGAAGAAUCCAAAAGCUAAUGAUGAGAAGAAAUCAAAUCAAAAGAUCAUUCCCAUCAAGAAGAAAUGAAACUGACUUAAGUCAAGUAAAAUGCUACGGAUGCAAUCAAACUGGACAUUACAAAAAUGAAUGUCCAAAGCUAAGGCAAAGAAAACCUCCCUACAACAAAUCCAUGAUGGCUACAUAG